CCACCUCCGACAUGCUCGUCGCGUGGCUCAUCGUGCUCGUGCUCGGAGCCGUAGCGGCCGAGCGCGGCGCGGUCAGCGGCGGUGCGCCGCGUCGCGCCAAGCGGUCCAAGCAGUCGCCGUUCGUGACGGCCGUCGCGGUUACCGAGGUCGGGCUGUCGCUCGGCGACUACUCGUAUGAGGACGCCGAGCCGCUGGCGGCCGACGCGGUGGAGGUGGAGAUGCACGCGUGCGCGCUGACCGCCGGCGAUGUGCAGCAGCUUCGCGGCGCGUGGGGAACCUGCAUGCUUCCCUUGGUGCCGAGCCGCGAAGCGGUGGGCGUCGUUGUCCGCGCCGGCAAGUCGGUCAAGGCGGUGGCGCCGGGCGACCGCGUCGGCGUGCUCCUCGGCACCGGUAUGGACUUUGAGGACGUCGACAACGGCGCCGACCGCAACAGGCUCGACUUCGCCACGACCGGCGCCGCCGCGCACCGCAUACGCCUCCCUGCGCGCUGGGCGGUGCCACUGCCGCCAGGGGUGCCGACGCUGCACGCGGCGGGCGGGCUGGCAACCGGAGGCGCGCUGUGGGGCCAGCUGAAGCGGGCGCGGCUGGGCCGCGGCGCCAAGGUUGGCGUGGUGGGCGGCGGCACCGCCGGCGGCCUGGCGAAGCAGCUCGCCGCCGCGCUCGGCCACGAGGUCCACUCGGUUGUGGCGGAGCGGAGCGGCGGCGGCGGCGGCGGCGAGGGCGAGGGCGGCGGCGAGGGCGGCGGCGAGGCGGAGGAGGCGCUGUGCGCGUCGGACGCGGACGACCUGCGGCUGCACUCGGGCUCGUUCGACGCGCUGCUCUGCGCGGCCGCCGAUGGCGACCUCUGCCUCACCCCGAUGCUGCCGCUGCUCAAGCGAGGCGGCUCGGUGCUGCUCGCGGCGGCGACGGCGCCGAGCCUGAGCGUCUCUCCGCGGCUAAUGGCGGAGCGGCAGCUGACGGUGGUGGGGGGAGGGAUGCCGAGCCGGGCAGACCUCGUCGCCUUCCUCGCCGCCUGCGAGGCGAAUCGCAUCAAGCUCUCCCAGACCGCGCUCGAGUUCUCAGCAGAGUCUGGCAGCGCGGCGCUGCAGGCACUGGCACAGAGGCCGGCCGAGCAGGUGCUGCUGCAGCGGUCGGCGCUGCGCUCAAAGUGGCAGCGCGCCAACCGCGGGCGCGCCGCCAAGUCGCGCUCCGCCGUCCGCGCGCCCGACCUCGGCGCCGCGAGCGGCCUGGCUGCGGACGAGGCGAAGCGCUCGGCGUCGGCGGUGCGCGAGGGCAUCUCCGCGGGCGUGGCUGGGCUGGUGGAGCAGGAGGACGAGGACGACGACGACGAGGAGGACGAGGACGAGGACGAGGAGGACGACGAGGAGGACGAGGACGAGGAGGAGGAGGAGGAGGAGGAGGACGACGACGACGACGACGACGAGGACUGA